GAGGCGAAAGGGGGUUGAGGGAGGUGGAGAAGGGGAGAAGGAAUCAGCUCGACGCGAUAGGGAUAUAGGGAGUAUAGGGAGUAUAGGGACGGGAGUGACGGGACAGAGGGACAGUAGGGACACGCUGACACGCAGUCUCCUCUCGCUCUGCGUUCCCGCUCUCACCUCUCACCUUGACGGUACGCAGCGACCAGAGCGUACCGCUCCUCUCUCGUUGCCUCGUCGCGAGAGAGCGAUGCGUCGUCGCGCGGCGGUGCGCGGAUCGCGCUGGUGAGGAAGUUUAACGCGACGCCUCGCCCAACCCACUUUCGACUUUAGUGGUGGCCGCUCCGGGUUGUGCGCGUCCCCGAGCCAUGUACCCGCGGUGAUACUCGCGCGGCUUCCUCGGGCAGCGUUUUUCCCUCUCCCAGCUCAACGAGUGGAGUUCCUGGGUAUCGCGUCGCGUUGCGUCGUCCCGCUUCGCCUCGCCCACUGAACGCCUUGAACGGGUAUGAAAUUUUGCGGGACGACGGUGGACUCCGACGGAGCUCUCGGACUGUCUCGGAGUAGCGCGUCCACAUAACCUUUAUGCCACCAGAAGCGCAACGUUCGUUUUCUCUAUUUUCCCUGUCGAGUGAUGUAUCGACCAUCGACCGCGACGAUUCGGUUCCGUCAUCGUUGUCGUCGUCCCGUCGGAUUUCGCCUCACGGAAUCGACACCGCGGCCGCGGCCGCGACGUUGAACCGUCCCGUCGAGGACGGUGCCACCCCCGUCGUUGCGAAUCCAUUUCUCUCAUUUGUUGCGCCGCGCCUCCCACAUCACAUGCGAACAUACGUGUUCAUCUUGCUCUACCUGACGAUGUUUAGUUUCAUUCUGUUCUGUAUACUUCUGUUCUCACGCAUUGUUAUCUCGCGGAUACAAUCUGUACCUUUGAGUUUUUAUAGUUAAUAAAUUUGGUUCUCACCCACGCAAGCAAUUUUGUGUUUUCAUUUCGUACACACACACACAUAUUCGCACGUACCAUCCCAUUUUUCCUCACACACCAAAUUCUGCACAGAUUCUCGAGUUCCCUGAAUGAGAAGAGCGACAUGAUACCCAUGGUAAUCAUCUUCUGCUGAUUAUUAAAACGAUGGUGCAUUAAAAAGAUUGACCUACGUGGACUAAGUAAUCAAGGGAACUCACCACACAAGUUGAGAAAAUGAAUAAUCAAGCGUUCAGUUUGGCGGAGAGGCUCAUACCUUCGACCUACGUGCAGCAGGGCCUGAACGCCAAGAAGUCUCGUGAAAACCUUAUACGGCAUUUUAUCGAACAUCGAAAAUGGCCAGAAGAGGGUUGGGACGACGCAACGAUAGAAGCAUUCCUGUCGGAUCUAUCGCAAAUGGACAGCAAUAAUUUUCCCUCGAAUUGUAGCGUCGGCGAACGCGAGGCGAGGAUCGUGUCGAAUAUCGUCGCGAGACGACACUUUCGUAUGGGACAUGGUAUAGGAAGAUCUGGCGAUUUAGAAGAAGUACAACCGAAGGCUGCUGGUAGCAGUUUAAUGUAUAAAUUAACUAACUCUUUAGUGCUUGAAGUUAUACGAUAUAUGGGGGUGAAGAGCAUAGCAGGCUGCUUUCUAUCACCAAUGGCCACGGGAAUGAGCCUAGUUCUAUGUAUGUUAACGCUUAAGCAAGACAGACCACGCGCGAAAUACGUUUUAUGGCCUAGAAUUGACCAAAAGUCUAGCUUCAAGUCUAUAAUUACGGCCGGAUUAGAACCUAUUGUUAUCGAGAUGCAAAUAAUAGGGGACGAAUUAAAAACCGAUAUGCAGAGACUGGAGGCUCAAAUGGCAGCCUUAGGCGAGAGUGUUGCCUGUGUACUUACGACAACCAGCUGCUUCGCGCCCAGAGCGUGUGAUUCCGUGGACACAAUCGCGGCCCUCUGCAGCCAAUAUAACAUACCACAUCUGGUGAAUAAUGCAUACGGCUUGCAGAGUACAAGGUGUAUGCAUCUCAUACAAGAAGCGUCGAGAAAGGGUCGAGUAGACGCUUUCGUUCAGAGUACGGACAAGAACUUUCUGGUUCCGGUGGGUGGUGCUAUUAUAGGCUCCUUCGACAAGAAUCUCUUAGAUCGCAUAUCGAAAAUGUAUCCAGGACGUGCAAGCGCGAGCUCCGUUAUGGAUGUGAUGAUAACGCUGUUGAGUCUUGGAAUGGCAGGGUACAAACAAUUGAUUGCUCAACGUAAAGAAAUGUAUUCUUACCUGAAAGAAGAAUUGGGAAAAUUAGCAACAAGGCAUGGGGAGAGACUGUUAGACACUAAGGGCAAUCCAAUAUCUAUGGCUAUGACCCUUCAGUGUCUAAGCCAUCAGCAUGACAACAAGCAAGUUACUAUGCUAGGGUCAAUGCUAUUUCUGCGUAACGUUAGUGGUACUAGAGUUAUAACGACCACGGAUUCUAAGCACAUUGUUUCACAUAAAUUUGAAGGCUGGGGUGCACAUAACAGCAAUUACAGAGUCCCAUAUCUGACUGCUGCGGCAGCAUUAGGCAUGAAGAGAUCUGAUGUGGAUGCGUUCAUACAAAGAUUGGACAAAGCUUUAACGAAAGUAAGGAGACGUUCAGCGCCAGUAACGCCCACUGCUUCACUCGCCGGUUCCAGCAUCAAUGGGGAUGCAGGUGGUACUGGUGGACCAGGGGAAUCUAGCACAGCCUCAACCAGCCGUGCAAGUAGCAAAGACAGUCUAAGAAAAUGAACCGUAAUCAACGCAACUGGCCAGUCCAAUCAGCACAUUAAUAUCAAUUU